CCUCCCUGCUCCUCCCGGUAACACGGCAGCGGAGCAGGAGGAGGAGGAGGAGGAGGGUUGGGGGUAAACGCGAUGGCUGCGGGGGGUGAAGGGCGCGGGGAGACGGUGCAGCAGUACCGGUCCGAGGUGGAGCGGCUCACACACGAGCUCGCUGAGGCGAACCGAGAGAAGUUCCGUGCGGCUGAAUGCGGACUCGUGGUGCUGGAGGAGAACCAAACCCUGAAGCAGCAGUACGCAGACCUCGAAGCCGAGCAGGAGACCCUAAGGCAGGAGUUGGAGCAGCUGCAGGAGGCAUUUAGCCAGGCAUACUCCACCCAGAGGAAAGUUGCAGAAGAUGGUGAGACCAACGAGGAAGCGCUCCUACAGGAGUCGGCCACCAAGGAGGCGUAUUACAUAAGCCGUCUGCUUAAUCAGCAAACUGAACUGAAGCACAGUCAGUCUCAGGCCUCUAACACACAGGCGGAGAAUGAAAGACUCAGCACCAUCUUGCAAGAUCUUCGAGAGAGCAACGAGAUGCUGGAGUUACAGAGGAGCAGGAUGAGAGAAGAAGUAAGAGAGUAUAAGUUCCGUGAGACUCGGAUGCUGCAGGAUUACUCGGAGCUCGAGGAAGAGAACAUCACUCUGCAGAAACUGGUGUCCACACUCAAACAGAACCAGGUGGAGUAUGAAGGCCUGAAACAUGAGAUCAAGGUGUUGGAGGAGGAGACAGUCUUGCUGAAUAGCCAGUUAGAGGAUGCGUUACGUCUGAAGGAGAUCUCAGAGUGUCAGCUGGAGGAGGCACUUAAUGCUCUGAAGAGUGAACGUGAGCAAAAGAACAGCCUGCGUAAGGAGCUAGCCCACCACAUCACCCUGUGUGAUGGACCUUUCUCUUCAGCUUGUGCCCACCUGGUCGCGCUCAGCUCAGCGCCCCCGAGUGGCAGUGCCACCCCUACUGCUGCCACUUCCCCGGGCAGCGAAGACGGUGGCAAAUGCAAUGGGCUUCUGCUGCAGGGUUCAGCUGGAAAAGCACUGGGCCGACUAAAUGGGGACUUCAGAGGAGCAGGCCAGAGAAAACAGAGCGACUCCACAACCCCUGACCUCUUCAGUGAGCUUCACCUCAACGAGAUUCAGAAACUGAAACAACAACUACAGCAGGUGGAGCAGGAGAAGACGUCUGCACUGAACAGCCUUCAGGAGUGUGAAAUACAGCUACGCCACUCACAGUGUGCCCUAGUAGAACAGUUUGAGAGAGCACAACACCUCCAACAGCGCAUUUGUGCACUACACCAGCAGGGAAGUGUGACAGAGGCUGGGGAUGAGGAAAAGGCAGAGGCAGAGUUGAAGGGCUCGUCUAGGGUAUGUGAUGACCUGGAGGGUAUGGGUCUGGAACUAUUGCAGUGUAAGUACAGGUUAGCAGUGACAGAUGUGGUAAGCCUUAAUGAUGAUCUGAAGAACCUUCAAGAGAGGCAUAAAGAGUGUGUGGAGCGGGCGGCACGGGAAGAAGAACAGACCCAGGUCCAAAUACAGGCUCUCGAAGCGAAGGUGGCCUGCCUGGAAUGCCGUUGCCGUGAGGGUAGGGAUAAGGAAGUAGCACUUCAGCGAGAGCUAAAGAAAGCUAAUGAUUCUGCCUUGGAAUGCAACAGCACCCUGGCUGCAGCCUAUGAGGAGCUGACCACCUUCAGCGAGGAACUGGCACAGCUUUACCAUCAUGUUUGCAUGUGCAACAAUGAAACACCAAACCGUGUAAUGCUGGAUUAUUACCGCCAAGGUCGGAACCCUCCGCGUGCUACGUCCACAAGUCUUAAAGUACAGGAUGACCAUCGGGUCCUCCUGACACCAAGACUGGCGCGCCGCCUGGCGGCUAUCAAUUCUGCCACAUCUUCCACUUCGACACCAAGUGACUCACAGAGCCCCACAGAAUCUCCCUCCAAGGAGCCCCUAAACUCUGAGGAUAGCCCAGCGCGCACAGUGCUGAGCUCAUAUGCUGUCAGUGCCUCUUCAUCAUCAUCAUCUUCAUCCCCAGCACCUGAUUCACCUGCUGGCUCCGACACCCAGCGAGAACCUAUCAACCUCCACCACCUGAAUGCUAUUAUCCGCGAUCAGAUCAAGCAUUUGCAAAAGGCAGUGGACCGCUCUCUGCAGCUGUCUCGCCAAAGAGCAGCCGUCCGUGAGCUUGCACCUCUCUUUGAUAAGGAAAAAGAGGCUUGUAUGGAAGAAAUUCUGAAGCUUAAGUCAUUGCUGAGCACCAAGAGGGAGCAGAUCGCCACCCUGCGCCUGGUGCUAAAAGCCAACAAACAGACUGCAGAAAUAGCUCUCUCAAACCUGAAAGGCAAGUAUGAGGCUGAGAAGAGCAUGGUGACUGACACGAUGACGAAGCUCCGUAAUGAACUGAAGGCGCUGAAAGGGGAUGCUGCCACGUUUUCCUCACUAAGAGCCAUGUUUGCCACACGGUGCGAUGAGUACUUAACUCAGUUGGAUGACAUGCAGAGGCAGCUUGCAGCAGCAGAGGAUGAGAAGAAGACACUGAACUCCCUUCUCCGCAUGGCAAUUCAGCAAAAACUGGCACUAACACAGCGCCUGGAGGACUUGGAGUUCGACCACGAGCAAUCUCAUCGCCCCAAACUGAGGAUGGCCAAGACGGCCAAACUGAGGACCACAUCACCUAAAGUAAGUGGAACAGCCACCUUGCCCCUUCCUGACACCUCGACUACAGUAGCCGAGGCGGUUGCAGAAACAUCCCCUACUGUAGUCACUCCCUCACUCUCUUCUGACCCAGGCAGUCCCCCCUCUCUGGAAGCCCCUUCCUCUCCUGCCUCGUCUUUCUCCUCCACCUGGACACCCCCAGUUACACCCUACAGCCGGGGCCACACCCACUGGAUGGUGGGAAUGCGAACAUUCAUGGUGGAGCCACACUCCUAUGGUGUGGACAUUAAUUCCACGAGUAUGUCCCGAACCACCAGCUUGGCCCGUCGCUAUGCAUUCGAGCCGCUCUAUUCAUCGGGUUCGCUAUCCCCUUCUCCCUAUCGCACUUAUCGCUCCACCUGGAGCUCACCCAGAUCUCGUCCACUCUCCACAGUCCAAACGCACUCCACCCACACAUCGAGAUACACCUCUCCAUCUUCCUCCUCUUACGGCCAUUCAUCCGCAAGAAAUUACACUUCUCAUCACCCGCGCUACUGAAAGCUCAGCGGGUGGCACAGAGAGGAGGACAGACUGGUUUCCUAUUUUUAUAGUUUCCACUGCACUCUGCAACUUUGGUGACUGUUUUCUGCUCAGGGAUUUUGUGGAGCACAAACGGCCAUGCCUUCCUCCAAAAGAGAGUUAAUCACUUCUCAGAACGCUCUUCACUGUUUCUAACCUCUCAUGCAGUUCAUUCUGAAGUGAACUUGGUGGGCCUUUGCAGUACAAGCCUCCCAAACCACAGAGAUUACAUUUACUUUUAAGAGAGUGUUAACUGGACUGUCUGUCAGCCAUAUUGGAUUAAGGCAUUGUUGUCUUGUUUCAGUGUGAAUAUUCAAUUAUAACAAACCAUACGAUUUACAUGAAAGGGGUUGGAAGUGUCUUAUUAAUUACUAAACUAAAGAAAUAUGCACUGUAAUUUCCAUCACUGUGUAUAAAAUGUAUGAUUUUAAUGCUACGAGAACUUCUUUUACGAGUAAAACAUCAAGUUUAGUUUUAGCUUAGCUUUUUU